ACCAACAACUUGCGCAUUACAAACCUUCCGUUCCUUCCACUACUUCUCUCCUAAUUUCCUCUCAUUUUCAGUAAUCCCUCACUCUCUCCUCUCUAAUUAUGGAUCUCAAUAUGGUGACUUACCGUCAGGAAGACGCUGAUACGGCGGCGGAGACUAAAACUUCCGCCGCGGUCAAGUACAAAGAAUGCAUGAAGAACCACGCUGCUUCCAUCGGCGGCCACGCAAACGAUGGUUGCCGCGAGUUCAUGCCUCUCGGGCAGCACAAGGGCCGCGAGUCACUCGCAUGUGCUGCCUGCGGUUGCCACCGCAACUUCCACCGGCGGGAAGUUUCCGGUCUCCUGCACUACUGUCCGUCGCCGAAGCAGAUGUUGAUGUACAAUGUGGGGACCGCCGCAACGAGACAGGACAAAAACGCGAUGAAUACCGUCCCGUUAUCCUCUGUAUCACACCAUCUGGUUCUUCACCGCCAAGGAGAUUCGCGGGACCAUAACCAGCUUAAUUGUGAGGAUCGGCGGUCAGAGACGCCGGAGAGGGAAGAGAUGAACGUGGAGGGCGGGACGAGGGUGAAGAGAUUCAGGACAAAGUUCACGCAGGAGCAGAAAGAUAGGAUGCUGGAGUUCGCAGAGAGGAUAGGGUGGAGAAUGCAUAAAAACAACAGGGUUGCUCUUGAUCAGUUUUGCAGUGAGGUUGGCAUCAAACGAAAUGUGCUUAAAGUAUGGAUGCACAAUAACAAGAAUUCACGCCGCCGUAGUGAACCGCCGUUGGAACCAUCUUUGGCGGGUCCACCACCGCCAGCAGCAGCGUCACAGCCCGUCGGAGUCUAAUUGUAAUCGCUACAUAUGCCUUAUCUCUGCACUUGUUUAAUUUCAUUAAUAUAUUCUCUCUUCGGCA